AUGGAGGUCAGCAGCAGCGACGACGACAAGCCGCUUAUGCGGUCACGUUCAUCAGCUUCGCGUAAGUACAAUGAACGAGAGCCACCAGAGCCAGUUCCAGACUCCCCGACAGAGUCUGGCGCAGAUUCAGGCUCAGGUUCAGACGAGGAGUUUGAUGUAGAAGCCAUCCUGGACGAGAGACGCAUCAUGGGUAUUACAAAAUAUCUGGUCAAAUGGGAUGGAUAUGAUCUGAUGAACGCCACGUGGGAGCCUGCUACAUCCUUUAACUCCGAAGAGACAUUGAUGGAAUGGGCGAGAAAGAAACCCCUCAUUGAAGCGGAAAGAGAGCGCCGUUUCGACGUGAAGAGAUGGGAGAAAGACCAAGAGAUUGUCAGGGCCGAAUUCGAAUCAUCGGGAAAAGACUUGAUUGGUGACAAUGCCACCCUCAACACCGACUUCGACUCAUAUUUUCUCCCGUUGCCAGUUACAGCAACAUUUUCACCCCCACAUCCCACCAGAGCAAGUCGCUUAUCCGUGGCAUCGGACCGCUCAUCUCUGUUCGUUCGUCAAGACACCGUACCCCCGGAGAAACAACCGACGCCACCAAGGGCACAAAAGAAAGAUCCUCCCAAUCCCCAACCUCAAUCUGGUACUCCUCAGAAAUUAGGUGUUCCACGCGCCUCGUCUCGUGCAAUCAGAGCACCAGUGGCAAUGGGAUCGACCGAAACCCCUGCGAAUGAUAAAGUCUCCCAACAGCAAGCACCGAAAAGGCAAGCACCUAAGAAAGCGCCUCAGAAAGUGCCAAAGCAAACAGCUCAGAGGACACAGCUCCCAAGAUCCGCCGGUAUCUCGGGACAGUCAUCUCCCACAACACUACCUCCCAAAGCUUCUCUCUUUGGCUCUGGCCAAAGAACUCAGCCAAGCUCUAAACGAUUUAGUGGUAAUUCGCGUUGGGCUCCAGAAAAGGUGCCAGAUAUCAGUCAACUGGAACUCAUGAAGCCAUCUGAUUUUCCCAGCCGACUGAAUCACGGAUACAUUCAGCCUGCUGCAUCGUUAACAAACAGACUUGGCGCUGAAAUUCAACCGUCUGGAAAAGAGUCUUCCAACCCGGAAACACCAGGGAAUUCUUCUACCGAUAUGGCUCCUCCCCCAAGAGCUCAGCUUGCAGAAAAUACAGUUUCAACGGCGCGGUCCCCGCCUACUAUGCCAAGGGCUGACAGGGAAGCACUCCGAAUGCAACCUCCAAUGAGAGAUUAUCCGCAAUCGAUCGACUCUACCGCACGUCCCGUGUCACCAGAAGGGGCAAAUCGUCGAAGAUCGUCUGAGGCUAGCCGUCAGAGGCCAACAGAAUCUAACAGCCGCCGGCGAUCUCCAGAUGUUUACAGCCGGAGGCAAUCUCCAGGUUCAUAUAACCAUCGAGGCUCUUUCCUCACUGAUGGCGACAGUUAUAGACCCGGAAAUUCUCAUCAUGGUGAUUUCUACAGGCCUUCGAGUCCACGCCAAACACAAGAUUCGAAUAGACCCUCGCGAUCAUCAGAUGCCGCACCCCCAUUGUCGCCCAUUACUCAUCGCUCAGGCUUACAACCCACCUCCACGUUUGGUCAGACCAAUUUAGAUAUUGCCAGCCGGAAUUCAAAUUUCGAAGGGCUCCAAAGUCAGCCGAUAUCUCCAGUGACUGUAUCAAGGCCUUCUAGUCAACCUAUCCCGCGGGAAGAGAAAGAACAGAUCGCGCGGAUGCCUGUAGGAGAACCAGGGCCUCGUGCAACGUUCAUCAAGGGGGGUUUAUUUUUCAACCCGGGGGAGUUAUUGGUGCAUGUUUACCUCGGCCCUGAGAGGAGCUAUAUUGGCCCGGUGAGGGUUUGUGGUCAUCUCAGGUCCGCUAAGGAUGAUCUUUUGCAAAAUAAGGGGAAAGGAAGCACGCUUGAAAUGUGGUUUCGGGAGCUUUGUACAAUCGACGAAUGGGGAGACCUGACCCGCGAGAAUCUCUCAAAUCGUUCAUGGUGUAAUGCUUGGAUGGAAGGAUUUGAAGGGUCGAACGAAAAACUGUUUUACAUGGCCGAGUCUCUUAGAAAGACGAAUAUGGCGGCAAUCUAUCGCCCGUCAAAUCCCGAUGCAUUGAGCUGGCUUGCGUACUACCCUUCGUCAGAAUUUAACCGUCUCACACGGUCUCCCGAAAUGUUUAAACUCCCAGACGGUGUGCCAAUCUGCCUGGCCGUCAGGGGUCCCUUGCCGGACAUCUCAACCAGGGAACUGAGAAAUACCAUUGACAAUCCCAAUCGCCAACUUGGUAACGAAAUCUCUAGACUGGACACAUCAGCCAUACACCCUUCCCGUCGAUGGCAGGUUGAACCUUCAGUCAAGGCAGAUGCAAGGGUACCAGACGAAACCCUCCAUGAGGAUGGAGUGGAAACAGACCCUUUGACUGAUAAUGAAGGCCCAGGGGUGUUAAACAGCCCUCCAAAAGUCCAAGAACCGGUUGUUGCAUCGGAAAAUACAAGGGCUCUCGGGAUCGCUCAAAUGCUCCAGUUCUUUCAAAUGACGAUCAAAAUGACGAUAAAAGAUCUCGGCACUCUUCCCAACGGCGGUAUUGCAGACAUGUUUUAUCUCCAUUUUCCUCUGGAGGAUGAUGAGGCCUGCGAUGAAUUGAAGCUCAUGGAGCUUUGGCUGAGCGCGCAUCAAGUCAAGUGCUGGACAAGCCGCGACCCAAGGAACUGGGAAAAAUUCCAUUCCAACUGCAAACGCGGUGUGAUAAUUUUCCAUGAAUCAUUCAAUCGAUACGAGACCUUACGGCCGAAGAUUCGUUCGUUCCAAUGGAAGCCGCAUUUCAACUUCUGGAGUAUCCGUCUUCAAAGGCCUCUGGAUAUACCAGAUCUCCAACACUGUCACGAAGGUUCUCACAUCCAAAGUCUGUUUCCUUCUAGUACUGCGAUGCUCCUCACUGAGGACGUGUUGCUGGAUAUGAAACGAGCGGCCAUGAUCAUUUGCUGGUUCUAUCACAGGAGAUUGUUAGCAGACCGAGAAGGUUCUAAACCAUCCAAAUUGGUGCUUUGGCCUAAUGUGUUGACACAACUUGACAAAAGAUUAGAUGAUCCCCACCGAAACAAAGAUGAUGAUCCUUGCAUCUUGAGUAUCAUUGCUUGUAUCAGAUCGGCGAACUCCAUAGAUCCCGAUCAUCCUGAAUUCGAACCGAGCAUCCUUUCGAUCCAGGAUAUCGAUUGCCCCAACAAUAAUGUAAUAUGUCUUCCUGUGCCAGGAUACGGCCACCGCACCGGCACCGAACACCCAGACAUCCCUAAGGGCCUCACGCAAGAGGAACGAAACGCGGAUCAUCUCGUCGAGGCCUUUGCCGGAUGGACACACUUGCAUGCUGCGCGCUUCCGAAAGACGGCCGUCGUUACUUUUUUGAAGAAAGAUACCUUGUUAAGCCAUUGGUCAGACUGGGGGCAUGUGGCUGUGCUGGACUUCCGAGGUUUUUGCAGAGCAUACAGCACCGACGAAUCCGUCCUUUUUGACAGGCUUCAAAAUGGCCCCCCUCAAGCUGACCAUUCUCCAAACACCCCCCGUGACCCUCCGACACCGCGAGAGUCACAGGAUCCCCGUGUAUCUCGCCGAGAUAACGCACCUGCGAAUCCCUCACUGUCUCGGGUUUUUAAUACUCAAACAGGUCGCGUGGAACCCUACCAAUAA